AUGUCUUUCGAAGAUGAUUCGCUAUGUCCAGAAUGUCGACGGGUGGAUUGGAGAGAGCUUGCUGAGCGACCGCUGGACCCAGAAUUUACCCGUAAACAACGUGAUGAAGACGAGCAAGUUACAUUCUUAGGACGAUUCGUUCAGACCAUGACAAAGAGUCACAACCAGCUGAAAUCUGCAAAAUGUAGAGUUUGCCUGAUUCUUUCCAUCAUCAAAGAUGAGGAUAAGCCGAAGAAGUUGUACGUUGACCAACCCAACAUCCGCAACCUUGAAGUCACGACCCUUGGAAGCGAAGUGCUGUUUGAACCCCCGACAUGCAGUCAAGGCAGUCUUGCACUUUUACAAAUCGGCAAUUGGCACAGCUUCAACGAUGAAACUGAGUCGGGUUAUGGCUAUAGGCAGGAAUCCCACCUUUCAUUGGGGAUUUUACUUGGAUACGAAACGCCAUCUCAGAGUGUUGCCAACAACAUGAGAGCUAACUUGGCGCAAAUCCACUGUUUGUGCCUGAACUUCUCGUCAUUGACUGUCUGGCUGCCUCUUCGACUCUUUCGCUCGUUCCACUACCCAAACCAUACCACUGUGAUCAAGAACACUAUUGAGGUUACCUUGAAGCUGGGUCUGAGGUUUAUUUGGGUCGACAGAUACUGCAUUAGACAGGACGACCCAGAGAAACACCGACUAAUUCUUUCCAUGGAUGAAGUUUAUGCUAAGGCUUAUAUAACCAUCAUUGCCGCUACUGGAAAGACGGCUGCUGGUGGGCUACCUGGGAUAAGCACCAUUCCUCGUUUAGCAACGGAGACUCAAAUAGGCGUGUGCACCCUACUAGAGCUCCCGUCAAUACUUAACUUUACACGGUCGUCCACCUGGAUACAGAGAGGUCGGACGUAUCAAGGCGUUUUGUUAUCGACACGGGGUCUUGUCUUCACUGAUAGGGGAGUGCUAUAUCACUGUAAGGGUAGAUAUAUUGAAGAAUCCUUGCAGCAGCUUGUUCCCCCGGAUGCAGCAGCAUUCAUGAAGGAUUGGAACAUUCUGCAGACACUGUUUGCAACCAAGAGGGCAGUGUCUGCGCUUCAGCUUCGAAUUGUCGAGUACACUCGGCGACACCUAUCCUACCCCCAAGAUUCUCUCGAUGCCUUCCUUGGUGUUUUUGCAGCGUAUGAGCAACAGAGAGCAGCAUGCCCUGAAGUAUCGGUAGUGAUAGACUUGGCUUCGCGCAGUGUUUGCUUGCCCAGUCACGCCUGGGGAUUGCCUUUCGUAGAUGGCGUCCCAUUGCUACAUUGGUAUCAUCCAGAACCACCCAAACGACGAAGACCAGAUUUCCCUACCUGGUCAUGGUCUGGAUGGGAGGGAGGUAUCGAGUUUGAGGAUCAUUACUUUACCAAUUCGUAUGGAUCCACCGACUUAACAUAUGCACCGAUAUCUGUCGAGAUUCCAGACAAGUCGACUGAUUUUUACGAACAAAAAACCAAGUUGUCUGCUCCAGGGAUAUUCGCCGUAAUUCGUUUGACGUUGGGUAUUGAGCCUGAAGUUGGAGAACAAACAUUUGGUCUUCUUUUCACAACCGAAAUCGGCGCGGGUGAAGAGAAACGUUUCAGUAUUCGCGGCAUCAUCGUUCUACGAAAAGGCGACAAAAGCUUCACAAGAAUUGGGUGCAUGAGGUUGGAAGACUUCUGGGUGCGCAAACACGUCAGCAUCGAUGGUGCCUUAAUUGCUAAAGAAAUGAUGCCUCUAUUCAAUGAUAGGCGUUACUUUAGUCAAGAAUUUACAAGACAGCGUAUCUGUCUCGAGUAA